AUGAUUAGAGCACCAAUACUCAGAUAUAACUUUAGUAGAGUUCUACUGAAUAGAAUUCCAAAUGUUAUCAUCAACAGAGGUGCCUCUUUCAAAUGGAGUGGGAUAGUCUUGAACGAGAAACCCAAAGCUCCAAAAGAGAAUAACCAAAAAGAAAAUAAAGAUUCCGACAACCAUGAAUCUAAUUCUGGAUCCAACAAAAGGGACAAUAAAGAUGACAGAAAACUCUAUCAAGUGGAGAUUGAGUUAAAUCCUAAUAAGAUCUUCCGAGGAUUGGUGAUAUUCGGUUUGAUAGGUUAUUUUCUUUCUAGUUCUUUGCGUGAAGACCCAAUCGAGAUCACCAUGCAAGAAUUCUACAACAAGUAUUUAUCCAAGGGAGUGGUGUCCAAAUUAACAGCACAAGGAAAUCAAGUAUUCAUUGAAAUCAAUGAUUCAGCUAAAGCCAAUUUCCCUGGUAAGUAUUAUUUCACUAUUGGAAGUGUUGAAAAUUUCGAAAAUGCAUUAAAGAAAUAUCAUGAUGAAUUAGGUACUUUAGAUGAUUUCAGAACUCCGGUGGUUUACACAAGAUCCUCUCCAAUGUCAGGGAUUUUAUUCAAUUUCUUACCACCAAUAUUAUUAUUAGGUUCAAUGUAUUUUAUGUCCCGUAAAGCUAUGGGUGGGAUGAACGGACCUUUGGGAUUUGGAAAGAGUACUGCUAAGAAAUUCAAUCAAGAAACAGACGUGAAGAUUAGAUUCCAAGAUGUUGCGGGUAUGAAUGAAGCUAAAGAGGAAGUCAUGGAAUUCGUGAAAUUCUUGAAGAAUCCUGAAAAAUAUCAAAAAUUAGGAGCUAAAAUUCCUAGAGGAGCUAUUUUAUCCGGUCCACCAGGUACUGGUAAAACUUUGAUUGCCAAAGCAACUGCUGGUGAAGCUGGGGUACCAUUCUAUUCUGUCUCCGGUUCGGAAUUCGUUGAAAUGUUUGUCGGUGUGGGGGCUUCAAGAGUUAGAGAUUUAUUCAAGAAAGCAAGAGAAAAUGCACCCAGUAUUGUUUUUGUAGAUGAAAUCGAUGCUAUUGGUAAAGCUAGAUCAAAAGGUAAUGCCACUGGAUCCAAUGAUGAACGUGAAACCACUUUAAAUCAAUUAUUAGUUGAAAUGGAUGGGUUUGAAAGUGAUGAUCAUGUGGUUGUUUUAGCUGGUACUAACCGUGCGGAUAUCUUAGAUAAAGCAUUAAUGAGACCUGGAAGAUUUGAUAGACAUAUUACUAUUGAUAACCCUGAAUUAAACGAUCGUAAAGAAAUUUUCGAUGUUCAUUUGAAAAAAAUCAAAUUAGCCGAAGGUAUUGAUCAUGAUUUAAGUGGUAGAUUAUCAGCAUUAACUCCAGGGUUUUCUGGGGCAGAUAUUGCCAAUGUUUGUAAUGAAGCAGCUUUAAUUGCAGCCAGAUUCAAUGAUGAAUUUGUUAAAUUAAAACAUUUCGAAUUGGCCAUUGAAAGGGUUAUCGGAGGAAUUGAAAAGAAAUCCAAGGUUUUAUCACCCGAAGAAAGAAAGAUUGUUGCAUUCCAUGAAGCAGGACAUGCUAUUUGUGGAUGGUAUUUACAAUACGCCCAUCCGUUAUUAAAAGUUUCAAUUGUUCCAAGAGGUAAAGGAGCUUUAGGAUAUGCCCAAUAUUUACCUCCUGAUCAAUAUUUAUUAAAUACCAAACAAUUACGUGAUAGAAUGAUUAUGACAUUAGGUGGUAGGGUAAGUGAAGAAUUAAAUUUCCAAAGUGUCACUGGAGGUGCCCAUGAUGAUUUCAAGAAAGUUACUCAAAUGGCCCAAUCCAUGGUUUUAAGAUUCGGUAUGAGUGAAAAAAUUGGUAUGAUCAACUAUGCUGAUACUAAAAAUCAAGAUGAUUUAACAAAACCUUUUAGUGAUGAAACCAAUCAAUUAAUUGAUGAAGAAAUUAAAAGAAUUGUAAGUGAAUGUUAUUCUCAAUGUAAAGACUUAUUACUCAACAAAACCAAAGAAGUGGAAAUGGUUGCUAAUGAAUUAUUGAAAAAAGAAUAUAUCACCAGAGUUGAUAUGAUUAGAUUAUUAGGUAAAAGACCUUUCCCCGAAACAAAUGAUGCUUUUGAUAAAUAUUUAGAUUCAAAACCUCCAUUUCAACCAACUAAAGAAGAAGAAUAA